GGUCUCUCUUCUCCCUUCCGCAGCACACUAACCCCUCAUUUAGUCUUUCUUGAGUCUUGACAUCAGGCCGCUCAGUAGUAUACAACCAAGAUAGUAAUGGAGGUUACAUCAGAAUCAAAGUGGGAAGGCAAAGUACGAGCAAAACUAGAAGGACCGAAAGCAGAUCAAGUAUGGACAAUUUUACAUGAUUUUUUCAACUUACAUAAAUGGUUCCCCUCUCUCAGUACUUGCUAUGGAAUUGAAGGUAUUUCAAGCCAACCCGGUUGUAUCCGUUAUUGUGCAGGGUCGAGUAUUCCGGCAUCAUCAUCCAAUAAUGGUUGUGAUGGUGAUGUUACGGUAACCAAUUGGUCGACGGAGAGAUUAGUUGAUAUUGACUCAGUUCGACGGAGUAUAACGUAUGAGAUUGUAGAUUGUAAUAUUGGGUUCAAGACUUAUGUUUCCACCAUGAAAGUUGUACCUCGUGAUGGUGAAAAUGAUGAAGAGAAAGGUUGUUGGAUUGAAUGGUCAUUCGUUGUUAACCCAAUUCAAGGGUGGGAACUAGAAACUUUGAUAUCUAAGUUUGAUUCUGGUUUGCAAGGCAUGGCAUCAAAGAUCGAAGAAACUCUUAACAAGGAAAGUGAUGUCCCAUCUCAAAGUGUUUAAUUUGCUGUAAUGAUGCCAUAUUUGCGGUAUAUGGCCAGUUAUAAAUACGAGAUUCUCAAUGUCAUUUAUGCUUUACCACCGCAUUAAUGGAGUAUUUUUUUUAAUGACAUUAUCUAAAUUUUACAUGUGUGGCCGUAUGGGUG